CCGUCUCGCCCCCUCCCCACCGCCUCUCUCCGCCGCAGCCUCGCCUCACCCGAAUCCGGCCGCCGCAGUAGCGAUCUUCUCGUCCUGGAGGCCAUGGAGACGAGGGAGAUCACGAUAUCGUCCAUCGAGGAUCUCGAGUCCGCCAUCCGCGACCUGGGCCCGCGAGCGCGCGUCUUCGUCAGGUUCGUCGACGCCGGCGACCUGUUCGAGGCAGCGACCAUCUACCACCGGCUCCUUAUCCACUUCUCUUCGAGCCAGGGACAUUGGAAGAUUGAUCAGGCCGUGAUGGAGCGUCUGCGUCGGGCCGCGGAGCACUACGAGCAGUUGGGGCUCUUAGAGAUCACCCUCGACCUCAUGGACCUGGAUCUUAAGGACGACAUCCUGAUGAAGGCGGCGCGGUUCGGGGGAGUCCGAGCAACCGCAAAUGAUGUAGUCACUACCUCCCACCCCUCCUCGACCCUGGCCAUCCUCGGCAACAUCACGAUUGAGGCCCAGCGGAUCGCGCGGGUUGCGAGAGCACUCGCAUUCGGCGGCAUCGACGUGGAGGUACCCGUUCUCACGGAGGAGGACAUCGUAUGGUUGACUGCGGACGGGAUCGGCGCCAGCAAGGGCAUGGAUGCUGUCGAGAUCGGGCACGGCGAGGGCGAGGGCGUGGGCGUGGCUGGCGCUCUGCGGACCGGCGGGGGCAACAAUUGGAUUCUGACAAAGAAAGAGCACACUGAAGCAUUUCUGCGUGGGAGAAUCGACAAGUUAAGGAAUGUUAUCGCCGCGGCCAAAUCUGGUCCGUUCCUCUAGGCUUCAGUGUAGUCACUACUCAGUACUCACUAGUGUGGAAUUUCAAAUGUGUUGAACUCUGCAUAAGAAGUUGGGGGAAAAGGUGAGCCGAUGGGUAUGAUAGGAGCAAUAAGCUUUCUUAGGAAAUCUUCUGUGGUAGGCGAUAACAAAUCAGAGGGUGUUGUUUUCACUAUCUUGCUGGUACAGGAAGGAAUAGGCUGAAAAUUUUCAGGGCAGGGCAUGAUGAAAUAAGACUUCUGUUGUCCAAUCCUAUUAUCGAAUUGAGAUAUGUGGCAGCUCAGCACUGUCUUUGGAGAAUCAUCACCCUGCUUACUUCAUAUGUCGUUGCUCCUGCUUACUUCAUAUGUCGAUCAUAUUCAUUUGGAGUGUUUUUGAAAGGCGUUCUGACGAAACUGGGCUUCAGCGCCAAUGGAUACAGUGGGUCAUGGCAUGUGUUACUACUGCACAAUACUCAGCUUGCUUCAACGGCAAUCAGUUGAACCCUUUCACUCCAUCCCGGGGCCUUCGCCAAGGUGAUCCUCGCCUUAUUUAUUUUUAUUCGUAGCUGCUGAUCUCUCAAGUAUUUUGAACAGAGCUGUGAAUCAAUGGUGUCUGCAAGCGCUCAAGGUGUGUAGGCGGCCUCCUUUUUGUAGAUGACAGUCUCCUGUUUUUCAAGGCCAAUCCACAGCAGGCUAUUACGUUGAAAG